GAUGGCUGGAGGUGUUGUGUGUUUCGUAGUUUCGUAAGAUGUAUUAGUUUAAUACAAGUUAUUAUACUUGGUUGAUUAUUUGUAUCAAAUUUACAUACUCUACGUAUGUUAAAUUUUGUGUAAAAAAUGUAAUUAUAUACAAAAGUGUUAUUUAUGCAAUAAGCUGGAUUAAUUUAAGUGCAUCACUAUAUAAAACAAAAAUAAGUUUUAAAAAAUAAAAUGAGCUGGCUAAGGAACAGUCCUCUGAGAAAUAGUUUAAACAAGCAAUGGUCUAGAGAUUCACCACCCAAGGAUGCUGAUCCUGGUGCUUGUUAUGACAGCUUUUGCAAGCACUGGCAACAAACUAAUGAAAUAAUAAAACAAACAAGAUCAUCAACAAAUUCUCCAGUAUACGAUGACAUCGUCGCUGUCAUAAAUCAUAUCGAUCAAAUGAUAACGUUGUUAUUAGUUGAAUUUCAAAGUAAUUUUAAUUUUAAAAGUCAACAAUUAUCUGCGUCAUCUCAUUCGCCUUGUUUAGAAUAUUUGUUAAGUGAAAAUUUACUUGAAAUUGUUUACGAAUGGAGUCUAAAUGUUGGAAGGUACACGAGUUCCAUAAGAUUAGAGUUAAUAAAAUUAUUUGAACUAAUAAUAACAUUUAAUGGGCCUUUAAUAGGCCAUGAGCCCAUAGCAAGGCCGUUGUUGAAAUUAUUAGAAUUAUUUAUUGACGACAUAAUGCCAUUUGAUAUAGAAAAAAAAUUAAUAAUGUUACUUAAUAGUAUUUGUGUAGCUUUAAUGCAAAAUUUAGCAUUAUUAGACGUUUUUUUUCAACCACAUGCUGAAAAUGAACAACGCAAGUUCAUUAUCUUUACAUUAUUGUUACCGCACAUGCAUAGAGAAGGACCAAUCGGACAGCAGGCACGUGAUGCGAUACUACUUUGUAUGGCGCUAUCGAAAAAAAAUGACCAAAUAGGAAUUUAUCUGUCGGAAAAUUCAAAUGUAUGUCCAGUUUUGGCGACUGGUAUAAGUGGAUUGUACUCAUUGUUGCCUCGUAAACUUGAAAUUGAGUAUGAAGAUUGGCACAGGUUGACACCAGAUGACGUAAAUGAUAUUCCGUCUCUAGAUCAUUUGAUGCAGUGCUUUGAAUUUUGUAAUGCAGUUGCACAAAUAACACACAUGUCCGUUCAAAAACAAUUACUAGAAUAUCUUUAUCAAGGAUUUUUAGUUCCUGUUUUAGGUCCAGCACUUUUACAAACUUCUCUUGAUGAAUCCGUCGCAGCUACAGCAUACUUAGAUUUAUUUUUUCGCACAACAACGAAUCCUGGAUUACUCCGUGUACUAAUAAAAUUUUUACUCGAAAAGAAUUAUGACGAUUGUCGCAUACUCGAUACAUUAAUUCAAAGAAUCUCAACAAGAUCAAGGUUGUGCAUAGUAACUCUAGCAUUUUUUGAAACACUAGUAGAUUUAAAUUGCGAAGACAUAAUGCUAGAGUUAUGCUUGUCAGCAUUAUCACCAUGCUCACAUGUAAUGUUAUCACAACGUCGCAGGCUACGUGACUUUGAUUUAUUUGGUAAUACAGCUAAAAAAUUUUUAUCAUUGCGUCCCAAUUGCUGUUUAUCAUGGCCUCUAACAUCAACUAUUUCUUCGUCUUCUUCCAAUUUAUUUGAGCCAAAUAACACAACUCCUCUCAAUUCAUCAUCAUCAUCAUCAUCAACAACAACAAGUACAAAUUUUAAUUCAUUAGGAUUUUCUGGAUUUAAACCCAAUGAAAGUCUCUACGGCAAUUAUUUUGCGUAUUUAUAUGACGCGAGACAAAAAAUAGUUGCAUGUAAUUUAGCAUGCGCCAACUGGUCAUCAACAUAUGACGGUGUUGAUGAUAAUGAUGAUAAAGACAAUGAUAAUGAAGAAGAUGAUGACAAUCAAGAUGAAGAUGAGGAUGAAAAUUUUAAAAUAAAAUUACAAAUGAAUCAUGUACAAAAAUUAUUUAAAAAUUUAUCUCAUAAUAAUAUUUUAGAUAGUGUUAGAUCAUUAUUGGAUUACGAUGAGAACAAUCAUGUCAAUUAUAAUAUUAGUGAUAUUAUUAAAUUAGAUGAUAAUGAUGAUGAUAAAGUUUUACAAAGUACUGAGGUAAUAAAAAAUGAAACUCUUGAGUCUGAUAUUUUAAGUUUAUUAAACGAACAAGUAGAUGUAAGUAAUAAGGAUAGUGCAACAUAUAAAAUUGAAAUUUAUAAUGAUAAUAAUAAGUCAAUAACGAAUGAGGAACCGACAAAAGUUGUCGAUCAAAUGUUUUCGAUGGGUGAGAGCAGUGGGUAUGAAAGUUUGGCAAUGAAAAAUUCAUCUGAAUUGUCGUCGAUUGAUGAUGAUAAUAAUGACGGGCUUGAUGAUAAAAAUGAUGUGUUGUCUAAUACUGAAGAACAUAAAGCUGAGAGUGUGAUAAUAAAUAAAAUGGAAAUAAAUACUGAUAGUUGCAACAGCAAAGGGGCUGUGAAAAAAAAAUUAUCUAAGGAUGAUUACUUGCACAGUAAACCUAACAUUGGAAUUUUUUUGGAUGUACUUUUAAAAAAGUUAGAGAGUAUGACCAGUAAUAAUUUGUAUGUUAAUUUACAUUUAACUGGUUUAAUUAGCAGGCUUGCUAUUUAUCACCAACCGUUAUUACAAUCGUUUUUAUUGAACCCGUCUUUGGUGUUUCAACCUAGUAUUAGAUCGUUAUUUCAAAUUUUAGCUUCGCUGAAACACAAAAUGGAUAAAUAUUUAUCUAAAGUUGAAAAUGUUGAUGAAUUAGUUAGACAAGCUCGUAUGUUUUUAAUAAACCGAGAGUUCAGAAUUAUUGGCGCUAAAAAUAAUCCUUCCAUGUCAAAUUUACCAACGCCAGUAAUGAAAAAAGAAUCAUUAAGUCAAGAUUCAUUUAUGAGAAAUGAACCAAAAAGACGAAGUUUGACUUCAUCAUUGACUCAAAUUUUCAAAUUUGGUAACAGUAGCCCUCCACAAAGUUUAAAAACUACAACCGCUGAAGAUUUACCUGAACAAACCCACGAUUUUAAUUUUAAAUAUCCAGUCGUAACACCAACCCAACACGUUGUUAUUUGUGCCGUUAUUAUGGACGAGUGGUUAAAAGAAUUAGCAGCAAUUACACAAGAACAUUGCGUGUUAUCGUUGAAUAGUUGGUUGUAAUUAAUAUAGUUAUAACAUAACAAAGAAUUUAUAUAAUAUGUAAAUUAAUCAAAUGUAUAUACAAUUAACAGAUACAUAGAUUUAUGUAA